UGCCGAGAGCACGCUCGGUCAAAGAUGGCAGACGUACCAGACAACGCACCACAACACUGCCCGGGUACCACAAGCGAACAGGCAGGAAAGUCUGCACCAUGUGAGGGUUGUCCCAACCAGAAACUGUGCGCUUCUGGAGCCACAAAAGCCCCCGACCCAGCUAUCGCAGAAAUAGGAGCAAAGCUCUCAACUGUCAAACAUAAGAUCCUGGUGUUGUCUGGAAAAGGAGGAGUGGGGAAGAGCACCUUUAGUGCUCACCUGGCGCACGCUCUGGCAGGUGACAGCACAAAGGAGGUUGCCCUGCUGGAUGUAGAUAUCUGCGGUCCAUCCAUUCCCAGGAUCAUGGGCUUAGAGGGAGAACAGGUUCACCAGAGCGGCUCUGGCUGGUCUCCUGUGUAUGUAGACGACAACCUGGCGGUUAUGUCUAUUGGCUUCCUGCUCAGUAGCCCCGAUGAUGCUGUGAUCUGGAGAGGACCCAAGAAAAAUGGGAUGAUCAAGCAGUUUUUAAGGGAUGUGGACUGGGGGGAGCUGGACUACCUCAUCGUGGACACGCCGCCAGGCACCUCAGAUGAACACCUGUCAAUCGUCCAGUACCUGAGCUCCACCCAUGUGGACGGAGCAGUCAUCAUCACCACCCCACAGGAGGUGUCGUUGCAGGACGUGCGGAAGGAGAUCCGGUUCUGUCAGAAGGUUAAGCUGCCGAUCAUCGGGGUGGUGGAGAACAUGAGCGGCUUCGUCUGUCCCAAAUGCAAGAACACAUCGCAGAUCUUCCCCCCCACCACCGGGGGCGCUGAGAAAAUGUGUGCAGAUCUAAAUCUGCCCCUGCUGGGGAAGGUGCCCCUCGACCCGAGGAUAGCGCGGAGCUGCGACGAGGGCAAGUCUUUCCUCACCGAGGUGCCGGACUCUCCGGCUGCUGAAAUCUACCAGAGAAUUGUGCAGAGUAUCCAGGACUACUGUUCCAACAGAGCAAUGGAGCAGCUAAGCAUGACCUGACCCAAUUUAGGAAACAUCUAUUUGUCUCCCUACGCUGAGGCCGCUCGCAUCGCAACAGUGUGGUAGAAAACUGAUUAAGAAACGAAGGAAAGCCCCGUGACAUCAACACCACAGGGCAAAUGAAGCUUGUAAGAAUUAAUUUCAACAAUGAAAUCUGUAGUUCAUGUCAAGCAGCAGCUUUUAGUUCAGAUAACUAAGAUGAUCAAUCCUCUGCUCUGGAAAGCAUUGAAUAUAACAAAUUGAGUCAAAAAUCAAUGAAUGAUGAUGAUCAAAACUCACCUGUUCCAAAAGUGAGUAUUCACAGCUCUAAAAGGGUAAUGGAAGUAAAGACACUGUCGUUAACGAUGCAAAUCUGAGGGAUGUUUGUUUUUUUUCAAAGUAUUUGGGGUAAGACCAAAGCUUUAUGGCACUAGAGACUGAAAAAUAUCCGGCUAUGAUCUGUUCUCUUCCUUUGUUCAUUUUAUUUAAUGUUACGUUUGUUCAGGUAAAAGCUUUGUUCAAGUUACAAUGUCGUCCAGGUAUUUUGACUCCAAGUAUUGUUUGUGAUUAGAUAAACAGAGAGAGUCAAAUGUUGUCACCAUCAGCUCAGUUUUCACUUCCUCUGCCGCUUCGAAUUCCUCAUCUCCUGUCGUCAGAAGUUAGUCUCUUCUGGAGCUCGUUGACGUCGUCGGUUUGUUCUUCGUCUUGCAAGACGAGUCCAAGGAGCGCAGAGUGCUGGACACGGGGCUUCACCUUCAGGAUUCCAGCUUGACAUGAAAGUUAUAAUUAUUUCACAGCUGUAAAUUACAUUUGUUACAAAUUAAAAGACUUGUCACUGAUGUACAAUAAAUAUACACACUGUGAUUUCAGGUUUAAAGGUUGAGUCACUGUUGACUUUGACCUGAUUAUCAACUUGUUAAAAGUGCAAUGACAAAUAUAUUUUCUAUGUAAUUGCUUUCACUGAUUAAAAAAAUAAGACAAAAGA